AUGGCGCUGCGAGCCUCGCUCCUGGGCAUCGUGCUCGUGGGCAUGGCUGCCGCGUUGGAUUUGGACUCGGCGCUCUUGCGUGAGCAGCACCACCAGGAGCUUCUUCAGGCCAAGGGCGCAGAGGUCAAGUUUGGCACCUGGCAGGACAACCUGCAGUUUGCCUUGGACUACAAUGAGAAGCAUGCGUCACACUGGGUGGGCCUGAACGCCCUCGCUGACCUCACGCCCGACGAGUUCCGCCGGCAGUACGGCCUCGGGGCCGGGCGGUACAAGCGCGCGCGCGGGUCCGCCAAGGUGGACGGCUUUGCCCACGGCGACCUGGACGAGGCCCAGCUGCCGCCCGCGGUGGACUGGCGGCAGAAAGGCGCGGUGGCAGAGGUCAAGAACCAGGCGGCGUGCGGCAGCUGCUGGGCGUUCUCGACAACGGGCGCCGUGGAGGGCAUCAACAAGCUGGCCACUGGGCAGCUGGUGUCCCUCAGCGAGCAGUUCCUGGUGGACUGCGACACGGCGCAGGACAAGGGCUGCUCGGGCGGGCUCAUGGACUUUGCCUUUGAGUUCAUCCACGAGCACGGCGGCAUCGAGUACGAGGAGGACUACCCUUACACCGGUGAGCGUGUGAUCUGA